CAUCUCCGAGUGGCACACUACAUUAUAAAGUUAUCGUAAUUUAUUACAGAGUCGAUGUUGUGAAUGCAGACUUGCGUCCAGAGCACAAGAGGUUACGUCUUCGAAGUCAAAACAACUUGCAGUGGACAGUGAUGAAAACGUUGGCCUUAGCUUUGGUGCUGCUUCCGCUGUGCUGUGGCACCGAAACCAUUUACAUUACGGACGAUGUGUCCGUCUCGGAGCUCUUCUCGUUGCGUAUCGAGCCGCGCAUGUUCAACUGGACGUACGAGGGGCUUAGUGAGCAGUUCCACUAUCGAUCUUCGCUCGAGGGAUACCCCGAUUUGCCGUCGUGGACACGCUAUAUGUACAGUAAGGAAUAUCACUCUGGGUUCCUCUACGGGACGCCACCGACACGUACUGCCGAUACGCGGGUUCCGAUCGAAAUUAUCGCCCUUAACCGGAUGUCGUACGAGACGAAGCGCUUGGUGCUGAUUCUGGCCGUUCAUCGGAAGCAGCCUGCAAAACACGCCAUCCAAAUGAAGAUCGACAACCUGAAUUGGGUGCACAUGAUGGAUCCGGGCCGGAUCGAGAAUCUCAAGAACAUCUUCCGCAACGAGCUGUGGCCAGAAAGCCGCGCAGAUCUGCACAUCAUCUUCAUGGAUUCGGCGGUUAGACUGGGCGCCAGAAUGCCGCUCAGGCCGCAGCAACGCGAAGGGGUCGUUGUGCAUCUUGGCAGUCGGGCCGACUUCUCGGGACGCAUGCUCGAUCUUCAGGAGGAAGUGAAACCGCUGUAUAAGAUUGCCUCUUGCACGUACAAACGUACGUCCGUGCAGACGACAUUCGAAAACUCUGGCUUUAAGCUAGAUUGGUGCGCUUUCCGUUUGACGACAGCCGAUGAUGACAUUACGGCAUUGCCACAUCAUCCGAACGAAAGCCUCAGGCAUGCCGGUUCUCAUGUUGAAAAGUGGGACGCACCGUUGAAGUCGGAAAUUCCGGAGCGCAACUACAGCGACGAGGUGGCCAUUUCAUUCGCUAUCCCUGGCAUGAUUUUUGCCCUGCUCAUCUGUGCUUUGACCAUCAUUCUGUGUUUCCAGCACGAAAAAUUGCAGGAUGACGAUUCAGAGUAUUAUUUCAAUCAUGUUUUCUACAUUUGUUCAGACUUCCUUAGGAUGCAUAAGUCUUCCCGGAACGAGUACAACAUGGUGCCGUCGAAUGUGCAGAUGGUCUACUCACAAGACGAUACUCACUCCACGAUCAAGCUGAAGAGCUUGCGAGAUGCCCCAUUGGAUGAUCCUCAGCGUCUUAGCCCAUCGGAUAGCUACUAUCGCGAGGCCAGUCCUCAUAUUAGCAACUUGUACAUGCGCCCGAAACCACCGCCGUACAAGCUGACGGGCAACUCAUCUCCGACGAUGAAUCGAGGCGCAACCGAUAACGAGAUAUGACAAGUGGAGCCGAGAAUUUUGUUCUGCUAAACCCGGAUGCGCACAAGUAACUGUGGAACGAAAUUCGAACCACGAACUCUGCUCAUGGUGGUGGAGUUUGUCGAAGGAAUUGAUAGUCGUAGUUGUAGCUAUUAGUCGUUGCUUCGCCAGCAAGCGUGUAAUCAAAACCAUCUCUCUUCCGGUAGCAUAUCAUACAGAAUAACCGCCGGAUAAUAUUAGUGUGCUUCAUAUGAUUGAAAUUAUCCUCCAGAAAUUGAAAUUUAAGCAUGCCAGUUAAUCGUUA